GCAAUUUCCAGCCUUUGAGACACCUUCAGCAUCUUUUAACUCUCACCAUGUGGAAGGCAGCACUUUUGACCCUCAGCUUGUUGGUGGUACUCGUCGACAGGGUUCGCUCCAAUGAUGGCCAUCCCUCUUUCUAUGGGGUGAAACUGUGUGGAAGAGAAUUCAUACGAGCUGUCAUCUUUACCUGUGGUGGUUCUCGCUGGAGGAGAAGCAUAGGAGACUCAGCUCUUAUUGGGGAAGAAGCGUUUGACCCAUGGGUCAAAAAUCCCAUCCCUCAACUUACCAGUGAGCAGGAUCCUGUGGAGUCCAAAGCAUGGAAAGAUCAAGCGUUGGAUGUGGCAUCUCUGGCUGCUGGAUUCAGCCGCUUAGCUCGCUCCCCAAUCUCAGAGGAGGUGCUCGAGGCUCUACGGAGUGCAGAUAGAAAAGGACGGGAUGUUGUGGUUGGACUGUCCAACGCCUGCUGCAAGUGGGGCUGUAGCAAGAGUGAAAUCAGCUCUCUGUGCUGAACCUAGUUUUUUAAGUUAUGAAUCUUGUGCUGUCACCACUGCAGAGCUCUACUCUUUUCCUAUCUCUAACUUUUCCUAUUCCAUCCAACUGACUGUCCAUGUGUUGACUAUUGAUACAGGAAUGUGAAUGUGUACACAAAAGUUUUUUUCUGUGAUUAUCAGAUUAAUAUAUAUGUUUAAUAAAGCUUUGUGUAAGUGUUGCGAAAGUCUUUCUUGGUCUUGCAAAAGAUACUAUAUUACAUUUCAUGCUCACACUUCCACUUUUCCAAAACCUUGUUUUAGAAACAUAGUUUUGAGAAGGAUUUCAAAAUGAAGGAAGUGGUGGUAACUUUGACUACACAGUGUCCUGAUGUUCUCUGAAUUACAUCUGGUUUCUGUGAAUCUACAGAGGCAUGUAUAGACACCAUAUAUGAGCAGAUUUAUGAAGAACUGACAUCCAGAACAAUAAACGUACAACAUGCUAUCUGUCAGGCUUAUGAUGUUGGGGUUGUGUUGUUUAUUUCAAGGUGUUCAUGGCAUUAUACUCGAUUUCCACCCAAAGUUGAAAUAUCACUGUCAUGUUAAGACAAUGCCAUCAAAUCUGGACUGAACAAACUUCACAGUCGUGGUAUUUGUUGGUGUUCAUGUUAUUGUAUCCACGC